CAGAUAAAAGUACUUGGGAUAUUUUUGCUUCGACAUCUUGAUCAAGAGGAACUGGACCGUCUUGCCAAGAAGAAGAAACCUCUCCGCUUUCGCUACGACACAAAACAGAACAACAUGUCUUCACCCUCUCAUUCGAUGAUUCAGGAAUUACAGCAGCAGCAACAACCAGGUGAUAUUUCAAGGCUUGCAAGGAUCAGCGGCAUACGCAUGUUGCUUCUCGAAGAGUCAACCCAGCAACUAUCUCUACGGAAGCAGCUUCAGGAAUCCUCCGUACUCGUAGCUGAAGGUGAAGAUCACUCGUCUUCCCCAAAAAGCGACUAUAGUCGAGCAGCAACCAUUCGUGCAGCGUUGGAGAUGAGGGCUCAGUAUGCACUUCUACUGCAACAGCAAGUCCAGGACAUGGUGCAGACGAUCGACACACGGACUCAUGCUGAUGAUCCUAUCGUCCGAUCAAACGGCGCCUUUCUACGAGUGCGUGCUGAGCAAAUUGGGGUGCUCCACCUGGCUUGUUAUCUUGUUGCUUUCGCAAUCGAACACGAGGACGCAGACCAGCGAGGGUCCGAUCUGUUCAGGCACAGGCUGGAUAUUCUCGCCCAGGCUGUGGACCAGCUUAUUCCUGGAUCCGAAUCCGAAUCUUCGAGCUAUGACCCUCCUUCGGUUGACCAAAUUUCAGGUGCAGACGAUGAACACCGUGUAAAUAACGUCUCCAGGGAUGUAGCUGAUCGAGCAAGGACGAUUGAAUCUAUGUUUCUCGUACCGCUUUCGAGCGCGAUAUCCUUGUCCGCUGGAACCACAGAUAUCUUGCUAUCGAGACUGCGAAGCGUGAGCCACAAAAACCAGUUCGACUCGCCCAUCUUCAAAACAGAAAAGUACCAGAACCUCGUCAGACAAAGGAUUGUUGAACAAUUUGGUGUUGCCGGGAAGAAUCGCUCCGCAAAGGGUGUUGAGGAGGAUACAUUCAGCAACCAACCCUCAAAGAUUCAGGAUAUGGAUCGACUCAUACUCAAGGACUGGUUAUUCCAUGUUGGAUUCAACACUCUGGCCGCCACAGUGUGAUUAACUAAUAAACAUCUAGAAGCAGGGUAUCAAG